AUGAUGAGCCCAUCACUUGAAAAAGGGCGCUAUCAACCCCUCCACGGAACUCAUAGGACCAGAGGCUAUUAUUCUCGCGCCAAAAAGCCAUGGAUUCUCACGCUUUCCACAGCGAUGGUGUUAACCAUGGUGAUGUUGUACAUUUCUCCGUCGCCCGUCAAGUCGUAUUCGCACACAACAACAUAUGAUAGGACAUCGCCUGAUCAUCCCGUGUUGCAACUCACAAGGAAUGCUCAGAGUUCAUUCAAUGCCACACUUGCCAAGCAGUCUCAAACACUGAAACAGGCGGUGUCAGAGUACAAGCGUCGGUACAAGAUGCCGCCGCCCCCUGGCUUUGAUCAUUGGUACAACUUUGCCCGAGAGAAAAACACAGUACUGAUUGAUGAAUUCGAUGUUAUCUACCAUGCUUUGCUACCAUUUUGGGGACUGGAGCCUAGUGUCCUGCGUGCGCGAACCCGAGAAGACUUGGGAAAAAGCGACAAUGGCUUCAUGAGCAUCUCAAUCCGAAAAGGCCGAGCGUUCUGCGCGAGCUCCACGCAGCUGUACCAACGUGUUGGAACUAUCAACAUGCUCGAGUCGUUUGCCAAGUGGCUACCUGACAUGGACUUGCCAUUUAACGAGCAUGAUGAGCCACGCGUAGUAGCAGCACACGAAGAGUUGAGCAAAAGAGUUUCUCUUGGCAAGGAGGCGCAUGGUCAUCUAUCUCGAGUCUCGAGACCGAGUGACGACUACACGGUCUCGUACCCAUUUCUGGACGAGCCACCCCCAGUCUCGCAGACUCGUUACAAAUCACUCCAGUUCCAGAACAACUGGGCUUACUCUACACUUUCUUGUCCUCCCGAUUCACCUGCGAGGGACUUCGAUGGACAUGCGGUAGAUGAGACCGCCUCUUACGCAAUUGAGCCCCUUGGAUUCAUCUUCAACCAGACAGCCUUCAGUGAUGUUUGCAAGAGUCCAUCUUUGCAGCAUCGUCUGGGUCUAUUCGAAAGUCCACAUACUUUGAAGCUCACAAAUGAGCUGACUCCCGUGUUCUCGACUUCUAUGCCGUCUUCAUUCCAGGAUAUCCCGGUGCCAUCAACAUGGUAUCAUGAAAAGAUGGCCUCUUUUGACGAGGAAAGUGACUUUGACUGGACAGACAAGACGCGUCAGCUGUACUGGAGAGGUGGAAACACCGGUGGUCAUACUGAUGAACACACAUGGCGAAAUACCUUGCGCCAACGAGUAAUUGGAAAUCUAACGCACCCCAGCUCAACGCAAUAUGUUCUUCGACCAGCGGAUGCAAAUCAUCACGGUAUCAACCAUAGUGCCAGUGGUUGGGCCACUCAAGAAAUUCAACAGGGGCAGUACGACAAACAUUUGAAUCUCAAGUUCACAACAAUAAGCCACUGUGAAGAGAGCUGUGACUCGCAAACCAAAUUCUUCGGCGGCGAAGCUGAAGUCGAUGAGCCGAGCAAAGCCUGGAAUUAUCGUUAUCUACUCGAUAUGGAUGGCUGGGCCUACAGUGGCAGGUUCUACUCAUUUAUGAACAGCAAAAGCCUUCCUCUUAAGGUAUCCCUCUUUCGUGAAUGGCAUCAAGACAUCUUGAUUCCUUGGGUGCACUAUGUACCUCUCAAUAAAGAUGCCGAUGAAAUCGUCGAGCUUCUCCGAUAUUUCGAAUACGAUCCAAUGGGAAGUACCAUUGCACAAACGAUAGCCACCGAGGGGAAGAGUUGGGCAGAACGAGCACUGAGAAAUGAAGAUAUGGAAGUUUACAUGUUUCGUCUUCUCUUGGAAUAUGGCCGUCUGCAGGAUGAUGACCGAGAAAGGCUAGCCUACCAGACCUAG